CGCUUGCCACCGUCUUCGACCGACAACCAUAUGGCUGUCCAGGCCGUCGAUGGGUUGUUGCGCCUGCCCACGGAAGUUCUUCUAGAUAUCUGCUUUCUGCUCGAACCCUCCGACGUCAUCGCCGUCCGCAAGACAUGUUCCGCCUUACAUGCCCUCACGCAUGAGAAAAGCCUUUGGCUUAGGUUCAUCCGGUGGCAACAGGUUCAUCUGCCAUUGCCACACGAAUUCAGGGCGAACACCGCUGCCUUAUCCUCUCGCGAAACCCCCCAACUUCAACGCGUUGCUGUUGAAGCAGAGGCGUCCCAGCGGAAAUGGUUACGCCGUCGGCCGUCCAAUGUUCCCAUACUUUGCGCAAGCGACGAUCAAGAGCAUUCGCUGCAUUCCAUCAUUCAUCUGCAGCUUUAUCUACGCAGAUGGAUGCUUUGCGUGUAUAUGGAAGACCUCCUAGUGGUGUGGGAUCUGGACUCGAUGGACGGGACUGGCACAGUGAGACGGGUGUGGCGUAAAGUGGACCUACUCAAGCAUACUUUGAAUCUUCCGGGAGGAAUCCAAUGCUCUUCAGCCAUCAGUGCCAUGUAUGUGAACGAGAACGCUAUAUCACUGGCGGUAACGCAUAAUGGCACGCGGUCAACGACGUGUAUCCUCCGUCUUCGGUUACCCAUCCAUAUCGAUGACGACCUGAAGAUCGAAUUCGUCGCCAAGAUGUCCAGCUCUUAUCCUCAUUUUGUUUGUGCCAUUUCCCCCUUACUAUCAUGUGUCGCGCUUUCGAGAGGUUCGUUCCUCACAGUCGCGGACUUCUCCAAUCAGGAUAUCAAGUCAACCGUCAUAAUCACCGAAGACGAUGAGCUAGACGCGUUGUGGAAUGGAAUCAUCGGAGCUCGUUUUUGUGGUCCAUAUAUUCUUUGCAUGAAAACGCGAUCUGUUGAGCUCUAUCCUCUGCCUGUGGUCGAGAAUGAGCAUGAAGAACCCUCUUUUGGGCCGCAUGCGUUCAAAGCCAUGAAACACGUCUUCUCUGGCCAUAUAACAUUCAGAGAUGUAACGUUCUCCUCCCCGACAAUUGCCCGGAGCGCCACCUUUGAUUCGACGCCGGACCUCGCUAUCUCCAUGCUCGCAUCGGAUCCAAUUCGCGGCCUAUUCAACUUCCGUAUCCGCUUUAAAGCAGCGGCAGCCCUCGGCACCCCGCCUACCUUCGACGUCACGCUGGUCGAAGCCCGCCAUAUGGCUACCCUUGACCUAGGCUCUACACGAAUGCGAAUCGCGCCCGGCAGCUCCCGCGGUUUCGUCAGCGCAUGUUGCCUAGGACCUCAAGCCAAGCGCGGCGUAUGGAUUGAAAGGCACAGGGGCAGUACGAGGCGGGAUGUCUCCGUGUUCGACGUCAACUGUCAUGAAUCAGGGCAACAUCUAGAGGAUAUGGACACCCAGGAGCGCUACGACACCGACGACGACGAUGACGAUGCGAACUCCUUUUUCAAAGUGCCCAACAUAGAUGGUAGCGUCGUAUUCGAGAUGGACUCAUACGAUCUUCGAGCCGAUCUUACACACUGCGCAUUUUGCGAGGUCACCGGUAGAAUAGUGCUGGGUACGAGAGCGGGAAAGAUCAUGGUAUUAUAGAUUUCGUGACAAACACGCGCAGUAUACAUACGCGAACUCUAGCAAAGAGAAGAUACAAAAUGAUUGUAC